AUGGAUGAGGAGGUUUUAGUGGAAGAGGCGCAGAGGUGGAAGGAUCAGUGUUUGAUAUGUGCAAGUGGCAAGCGGGAGUUUGACCAUGAGCUGUACCAGUGUCCCCACGAGGAGAGCCAGGAGGCAAAGAGAUGGAUGAUGACAGUGCGGAGCAAGAUCAAAUACACACAGUAUUCCGGGUGCUUCCGAUGCGGGAUGCCGCAGUCCAUAUGCAACAGCUGGAAGACACAGAGGCAGUGUCCGUACAGGGGAUUUUUGAUCCCGACAGUGGCAAUGAUGAUGUAUGGGUGUCAUGCAGGGCAGAUGAAGCAGGCGUGGAGACAGCGGCUGAGAGAGUUCAAUGUGGAUGCAGAUGAUCAGGAGGCGGUGAUUGAAUUUUUGGGACAGAAGGUUGAGGGGCAGGGCAUGGAGCACAACCGGCUGGUGGAGAUGUCAAACCCGUUGGACCCAAACCCGUUGGACGUCGAACCCGUUGGACGAGGAAGUCGAACACGCUGGACCCAACCCGUUGGACGUCAAACCCGUCCCAGGAGCGCAUUAACCCAAACCCGUUGGAUGAACCCAUCAACCCGUUGGACGUCGAACCCGUUGGAUGAGGAAGUCGAACACGCUGGACCCAAACCCGUUGGACGUCGAACCCGUUGGAUGAGGAAGUCGAACACGCUGGACCCAACCCGUUGGACGUCAAACCCGUUGGGAGUUGAACACGCUGGACCAAACCCGUUGGACGUCAAACCCGUUGGACGUCGAACCCGUUGGACGUCGAACCCGUCCCAGGAGCGCAUUAACCCGUUGGAAGUCGAACACGCUGGACCCAACCCUCGAACACGCUGGACCCAACCCGUUGGACGUCAAACCCGUUGGGAGUUGAACACGCUGGACCAAACCCGUUGGACGUCAAACCCGUUGGACGUCGAACCCGUUGGACGUCGAACCCGUCCCAGGAGCGCAUUAACCCGUUGGAAGUCGAACACGCUGGACCCAACCCGUUGGACGUCGAACCCGUUGGAUGAGGAAGUCGAACACGCUGGACCAAACCCGUUGGACGUCAAACCCGUCCCAGGAGCGCAUUAA